CACACCAGUAAAGAGGGGGAGGACCUACAGGCAGAAUAUUUAAGAUGCUGAUAGAGGAGGACUUCUCUGAGCAAAUAGGACAGAGCCCUGCUUAGCAUCUGGUCAAGAGGAGAACUCCUACCUAACAUUUCUGUUAGCCUUACUAAACUUCUGUUGCCUAGAUAUUUUUUUUUUUGGUAACAGGAGCUCAACAUUUUUAACACAAACCAUUUUAAAAGCCAUCACAUCUGAAAGGAUCAGGCAUCCAAACAUGGCUAAAAUCAACUUGAGCAUCAUAGCUUUAGGUGUUGCCCUGCUCCUGUUAGAGGAGACCGGGGCCCAGAACCACAAGAAGGGACCGGCUCCACCCAAGACUCCCAAGGGUCAGUGCUGCGACGAGGUGCGCUCCCUCAAGGUUCAGGUGGCCAAUCUGACCAGCCUGCUCGAGGAGCUGAGUCGCAAGCAGAAGACAGACAUGAUGAACGUCGUGAGGCAAAUCAUGGAGCUGGACAAGCAGGACCAGCAGCUGGAAGGCCGGGUCACAGAGGCAGAGGGCAAGUACUCGGAGAUCAACAACCGCGUGGAGAUCAUGCAGCUGCAAACUCUGCAGUCUGCAACUCAGACUUCUUCAGAUGCCAUAUAUGACUGUGCAUCGCUUUAUGAAAAAAGCUACAAGAUCUCUGGCGAGUACAAGUUGCCCAAGGAUGAGUUUCUGGGUGCACCUGAGCUCAGUGUCUUCUGCGACAUGGAGACAAACGGAGGGGGUUGGACUCUCAUUCAACGACGCAAAAUUGGCCUGACUUCCUUCAACCGGGACUGGAAGCAGUACAAAAACGGAUUCGGAUCUAUCCGUGGAGACUUCUGGCUGGGCAAUGACCACAUCUUCCGCCUAACGAGACAGCCCAGCACCCUCCGCAUCGAGAUGGAGGACUGGGAGGGACAGACACGCUUUGCUGAGUACGGCUUUUUCACCGUGAGCAAUGAACUCAACAGCUACAAGCUCUUCAUCGCCAACUACAGCGGGAACGCUGGAAACUCCUUACGCUACCACAACAACACCAACUUCAGUACCAUGAACAAGGACAACGACAAAUGUGUGGACAACUGCGCUUCCCUGCGCAAAGGUGGUUACUGGUACAACUGCUGCACCGACUCCAAUCUGAAUGGCGUUUUUUACCGCCACGGCCAGCACACAAAGAGCUCAGAUGGGAUCACUUGGUACGCCUGGCACGGCCCCAACUAUUCUCUGAAGAGAGUGGAGAUGAAGAUCCGGCCGGUGGGAUUUCAACCCUAAGCGUCGCAGCUGUGUCUCCUGGAUCCACAUCACAGUUCCCUCUAAUACCUGCAGAACCAAACUGCAUCUUCGACUUGAGAGCAAAGAGAGUCAAACGCCUGUGUGUGAUGGUCUGUUUAAAUCACAGUCCGGUGAAUGUGUAGAUGUUGUGUUUGAUUGUAAAUUGUAGUUUUUUUUUUUUCAUUUACUAGAAACAAUUUUGUUGUUUUAGGAAUUGAAAUAUUUUAAACCACUGUCCCUCGUUGGCUACUGGAUUCUAACCAUUUCUCUCACUUUCUUGGAAGCACUAGGUUGUAUUUUAGUUAGUACUGGUUACAGUGGAAGUCAUGGGGACCUGUAGGACAUAUUUGAAGAUUUAAAGAAAAGUGUUUGUGAAUUGCUGAUGGGAUAUGACUUACCAUGAAAGGCAUUUCCUAUAGAUGUUGUCUUUGCUAAUCGUUCGUAAUUGAAACGUGUAUUUUGUAAAAAUGUGUACAGGUUCUUAAUGAUGUUGUUUUAAUGUUAAAUAAAAGAUAUUUUUUAGAAGAAACCCGACAGAAAGUCUCAAUUAAACAUGCAUUUACAAGUAA